CUGCCCAAUGAAGAGGAGGCUCUCCAGGUGGCAGCUGAAGCCCCACCCCCUUACAGCAGCAUUGCAGCAGAUAAUGCAGGUAAGAGUUCAAUGCACACACACAUCACAGUGGAGUGUUAUGGUUUGGCCUGGGGGUCAAUGUCUUUACCGUUGCUCCGAGAGACAUUGGACAUUACACAGUCCAGAACUAAACUAGAACAAGUCAAGUAUAUUUUUUUAUGACAGAGGAGAUUUCCCUACUAGCCUAGCGUUAGGUUUACUUAUGGUGUUACAGCAAUUAGCCUACCAUAAGGGGAUAUAUGGCACUCAAAUGUAACACAGCAGCUUAUUUCACUUAUUUACCUCCCUUAGCUUAUUUUGACUACAAAGAGGAUGGGGGGUUCCCCAAGCCACCAUCAUACAACGUGGCCACAACGCUCCCUUCCUAUGACGAGGCAGAGAGAACCAAGGCUGAAGCCCAUGUUCCCUUGGUGGCUGGAAGGGUGAGUCUUCCACUGCUACAAACUCCACAUAACCCUCCCUUGUGGUUUUGCCGGACUAUUUUGUGUUCAUCCAGGUUCUGUGUUGUGGGUGUGGCAGAAAGGAAUUCAGUCCCUGUGUGUAUUGAAGGUCAGAAUACCUCCUAAGUCCAUUUGUUUAGUAUUUUUUUGAAGGUGUGGCUGAUCUCCCAAGUAACCAACCUCGCCUCAGUUUUGUGUACUAUUUACAUUGAGCUGAAGGCAGGCUAGUUUCUGAAAAUGACACCAUGAACCCCAUUGCAUCUAAUUGCAUAUAAUAUCAAAGUACGCCUGUUUAACCAUGGGUGUGUGUGUAGGUAUAUACUGUACUUAGUAUAGGUUGAGUCUGUAUUGACAGUGAGUCACACAUUGUGGGCGGACCCGCGCUAAUCAUCACUGGCAGACACGCCCUAAUGAUCACUGGCGGACAGACGCCUUAAGAGAGGGCGACGGCUCAUCUAUGCCCUCUAGUGGGAAAUGUUUUGCCUUACCACCUUACGUGUCCUCCCAUGACUGGUCUGUUUCUUUGUCACACAUUGCCAGCCUUGUGUUCAGCACGGGGAACGGCUGGAAACGUUUGAUGAUGUACCAACUGGACAGUAACGGGGUGAAAUAGAAUAGUACCGUUAGGCAAAGAUGUGGCAACCGUUUGCAGAGACCUGUGUCGGCCUGUAGAGGGUUUGUACAUUAGUGCUGUAUUUCCUGAUAGCACAUCAAAUGUUAUUUUUCAACUAAAUUUAAACAUCUCCAGCUGAAUAACUAGAACAUCCACUACAUUAGGGACAUGUCAAGGAAGAGAAGGACAUCCUUUGUUUGUAGCAUGAAUGUUUGCGGUCUUGGUUGAUAUAGCCUGCAAUGGGGUUUCCAUCAUCAAAUUACUUGAUAAUAAUCUACACCAUUUCUUUAUCUCUGCAGGAUGACGACUUUGCAGCCAGGGAAGACUUUGAGGAUGCAGACCAGCUACAGAUAGGGAACGAUGGGAUUUUCAUGUUGACCUUUUUUAGUAAGUUGCAUCUUGAAGUUGAAUCUUCUCCUCCUUGGUGGAGACUGGGGUUAGUAUAAUGAAGAAGAGGCAUGUAAUGUAUUUAUUUUAUGAUGUGAUCUUAGAAUGGUAAUUGUGUUGAGAAACGGCCCAUCUUAGUAGACCUUAUGCACAGGUCUGUUUUAAAGCCCCUUCUCCUCUCACCCUCUCUUCCCCUAGAGAAUAAAGGAGAAGGAGGAGGAGAGAAGAAGAGACGAGAGAGAGAAAAAGAGAGGAGAGAGAGACGACAACAGAGAGAGAGGGAGAGAAGGAGAGCGAAGGAGAAAAAGAGAGGAGAACAGAAGAAAGCAGUCGAGAGAGCGGAACGAGAGAGAGAGAAGAGAGAGCAGGAGAAGAGGAGGAAAAUAAAGACGAGAGAGAGAGAGAGACGAAAGAGAGAAGAAGAGAGACGGGACAGAAAGAAGAGGAGAGGGGAGAGGAGAGAAAAAGACGGGAGAGAGAGAAGCGAUGGAGAGACACCCUCAGAACGUUGAGAUGAAACGAUAUCCUAUAGCUAAUGCAUGGCUAACCAUCCAAGUCUCUUCUGCACUCUUUCUCUGCAGCUCUAUCUCCUGACUAGACAACAUCGAGAAUGCAACACCGGACGCAACCCGCCAGCACAGAAAACAAGAGAGCACCGAUGAGGGAAACAGCUGAAGUACGAGCCUCGCUAGCAGAGAGCAAAUAGACCUCUCUCCUAACUCUCAUCUCUCUCUCUCUCUCCAACUCUCUCUCUCGCCACCUCUCUCUACCACUACCUCUCUCUCUCUCUCUCUCUCUCUACCUCUCUCUCUCUCUCUCUCUCUCUACCUCUCUCUCUCUCCACAUCUCUCUACCUCUCUCUCUCUCUCUUCACCUCUCUCUCCACCUCUCUCUCUCUCCCUCCACUUCAGUGGCAUUCCUCUUCAACUGGAUUGGUUUCUUCCUGUCCUUCUGUCUGACCACCUCAGCAGCAGGCCGCUACGGGGCCAUAUCUGGCUUCGGCCUGUCACUCAUCAAGUGGAUCCUCAUCGUCCGGGUAACAUAUCCCUACCAACCCUCUCUAUGUUGUGAAGGUGGUAGGAAAACAUUUCCCAGAUUUUUUAAAAACCUUUGUUUUAUACAACAGAUACAUUAAAUACUUUAUUAAAAUUAUAUGUAGUGAUAUUUUGGUCAGAGAAGUUUUUGUUUCAUUUACUUUUAAGUCAUUUAGCAGACGCUCUUAUCCAGAGCGACUUACAAAUUGGUACAUUCAACUUAUGAUAGCCAGUGGGACAACCACUCCCUUUUUUAUUUUUAUUUUAUAUAUGUGUGGGGGGGAUAGAAGGAUUACUUUAUACUAUUCCAGGUAUUCCUUAAAGGGGUAGGGUUUCAAGUGUCUCCGGAAGGAUGUCAGUGACUCCGCUGUCCUGGCGUUGUGGGGGAGCUUGUUCCACCAUUGGGGUUCCAGAGCAGCAAAUAGCUUUGACUGGGCUGAGCAAGAACUGUUAUUCCGUAGAGGUAGGGGGGCUAGCAGGUCAGAGGUGCAUGAACGUAGUGCCCUUGUUUGGGUGUAGGGUCUGAUCAGAGCCUGAAGGUAAGGAGGUGCCGUUCCCCUCACAGCUCCGUAGGCAAACACCAUGGUUUUGUAGUUGAUGCAAGCUUCAACUGGAAGCAAGUGGAGUGUACGGAGGAGCGGGGUGACAUGAGAGAACUUGGGAAGUUUGAACACCAGACGGGCUGCAGCGUUCUGGAUAAGUUGUAGGGGUUUAAUGGCACAGGCAGGGAGCCCAGCCAACAGCGAGUUGCAGUAAUCCAGACCGGAGAUGACAAGUGCCUGGAUUAGGACCUGUGCCACUUUCUGUGUAAGGUAGGGUCGUACACUGCAAAUGUUGUAGAGCAUGAACCUGCCAGAUCGGGUCACCGCUUUGAUGUUAGCGGAGAACGACAGGGUGUUGUCCAGGGUCACGCCAAGGUUCUUUGCACUAAUAUAACACUAAGAGGCGUCUAGUGGCAGGGAUCUUAUGACAGAACACUUCCGUUUACCCAUUCAAUUAUUGGGAGCAUAUUUACAGUAGCCUGACGACUCAUACUAAAUUCUUCAGCUGUGCUGUUGUUCGCUACAUACUUUAGUCUGAGACUGCCAUCAUUGAAGUUGUUUGUGGUGACGAGGUGCACGAUUGGAUCAUCUCUAACCAUUGAGUAUCAAAGCCAAUGACACGUUUUCAAACUGCCGCUUUACCCACGUGGCUAUGGCCCAACCCAUCGGUUUCUGGACUAAUCAGAUGGCCCUGAAUGUGUUGGCAUUUGGUGAAGGGUCAGGGAGGUACUCAGAUCCAGACUCAUUGGGGAGAAGAAACUAACGUCUGUGGGCGUGGCCAGGCAAUAUUUAGUGUGUGUGACUAUUUAUUUAUUUUUACACAAGAUAUCACUACUAAAGCCCUCUGAGCUUUAGUUUCAGGUUUUAUUGUCAUAUGCACAGGACACAGCAGGUGUAAAACAGUACAGUGAAAUGCUUAACUUGCGAGCUCUUUCCCAACAAUCAAAGUUGGGUCGGAGCUCGCAAACUGCCAUCAUACAGUACAGCGGCAUCUUGGAGCAGUGAUCUGAUGUUUCCCACUCCCAGAGCCCAAGAUCACGUUCAUGCUUUACUCUGACUGGUCCACUUAUCUGUUAAUGUUUCUGUGAUUUUCCCAGUUCUCCAGCUACUUCCCCGGGUACUUUGAUGGGCAGUACUGGCUGUGGUGGGUGUUCCUGGUAAUGGGUAGGUACAACCAGUUUUCUGUUAGUAUUUCUCAUUAGUAGUACUAGACAGGUAAAUGAAGAAACAUUGUAGCAUUGGUGCAGAGGGGUGUUUUUAUAAAUGAGGGUACUAGUGAGGAUUUCCUACACUGGACAACGUGUUACAGCUGUUGAUAAGUCAUUGAUAAUAAUCUGCCACAUUUUUUAAAAUUACAUAUACAUAUUUAAUAUAUAAAGGGGGAUCAUAGCUAUAUUCAAUAAAAAUUCACGAGUUGAUUUCAAACCUAUGAUGACGGAUUUGUCAAAUUGUGUGACAUAAAACAUUAACUUUUCUGUCCAUGCAUUUAUGGCAGUGUAAGUUACAUAUUCAGACCUCAUUUUGGUACAUGACAGCCUUAUUCUAAAAUGGAUGAAUAAAAAAAAUAAAAAAAAAGCAUCAAUCUACACACGAUACCCCAUAAUGACAAAGCGAAAACAGGUUUUUAGAAAUUUUUCCAAAUGUAUUAAAAAUGGAAAACGGAUCAAAUCAAAUGUUAUUGGCCACAUGCGCUGAACACAACAGGUGCAGACAUUACAGUGAAAUGCUUACUUACAGCCCUUAAACAACAGUGCAUUUAUUUUUAAUAAAAAAGUAAAAUAAAACAACAACAAAAAAGUGUUGAGAAAAAAAGAGCAGAAGUAAAAUAAAAUAACAGUAGGGAGGCUAUACAGUGGGGAAAAAUAGUAUUUAGUCAGCCACCAAUUGUGCAAGUUCUCCCACUUAAAAAGAUGAGAGUGGCCUGUAAUUUUCAUCAUAGGGACACGGCAACUAUGACAGACAAAAUGAGAAAAAAAAUCCAGAAAAUCACAUUUAUUUGCAAAUUAUGGUGGAAAAUAAGUGUUUGGUCAAUAACAAAAGUUUCUCAAUACCGUUCUUGUGAUCAUUUUGACCCCACGGGGUGAGAUCUUGCGUGGAGGCCCAGAUCGAGGGAGAUUAUCAGUGGUCUUGUAUGUCUUCCAUUUCCUAAUAAUUGCUCCUACAGUUGAUUUCUUCAAACCAAGCUGCUUACCUAUUGGAGAUUCAGUCUUCCCAGCCUGGUGCAGGUCUACAAUUUUGUUUCUGGUGUCCUUUGACAGCUCUUUGGUCUUGGCCAUAGUGGAGUUUGGAGUGUGACUGUUUGAGGUUGUGAUCAGGUGUCUUUUAUACUGAUAACAAGUUCAAACAGGUGCCAUUAAUACAGGUAACGAGUGGAGGACAGAGGAGCCUCUUAAAGAAGUUGUUACAGGUCUGUGAGAGCCAGAAAUCUUGCUUGUUUGUAGGUGACCAAAUACUCAUUUUCCACCAUAAUUUGCAAAUAAAUUCAUUAAACAUCCUACAAUGUGAUUUUCUGGAUUUGUUUUCUCAUUUUGUCUGUCAUAGUUGACGUGUACCUAUGAUGAAAAUUACAGGCCUCUCUCAUCUUUUUAAGUGGGAGAACUUGCACAAUUGGUGGCUGACUAAAUACAUUUUUUCCCCACUGUAUAUACAGUGCAGAGUCAAUGUGCGGGGGCACCGGCUAGUUGAGGUAGUUGAAGUAAUAUGUACAUGUGGGUAGAGUUAAAGUGACAAUGCAUAAAUAAUUAACAGUAGCAGCAGCGUAAUAUUGCAGUGCAAAUAGUCCGGGUAGCCAUGAUUAGCUGUUCAGGAGUCUUAUGGCUUAGGGGUUGAAGAUGUUGAGAAGUCUUUUGGACCUAGACUUGGCACUCCGGUACCGCUUGCUGUGCGGUAGCAGAGAGAACAGUCUAUGACUAGGGUGGCUGGAGUCUUUGACAGUUUUGAGGGCCUUCCUCUGACACCACCUGGUAUAGAGGUCCUGGAUGGCAGGAAGCUUGGCCCCAGUGAUGUACGCACUACCCUCUGUAGUGCCUUGCGGUCGGAGGCCAAGCAGUUGCCAUACCAGGCGGUGAUGCAACCAGUCAGGAUGCUCUCGAUGGUGCAGCUGUAGAAUUUUUUGAGGGUCUGAGGACCCAUGCCAAAUCUUUUCAGUCUCCUGAGGGGGAAUAGGCUUUGUCGUGCCCUCUUCAUGACUGUCUUGGUGUGUUUGGACCAUGAUAGUUUGUUGGUGAUGUGGACACCAAGGAACUUGAAGCUCUCAACCUGUUCCACUACAGCCCCGUCGUUGAGAAUGGGGGCGUGCUCAGUCCUCUUUUUUUUUUUUCCUGUAGUCCACAAUAAUCUCCUUUGUCUUGGUCACGUUGAGGGAGAGGUUGUUAUCCUGGCACCACACGGCCAGGUCUCUGACCACCUCCCUAUAGGCUGUCUCAUCCUUGUCGGUAAUCAGGCCUACCACUGUUGUUUCGUCGGCAAACUUAAUGAUGGUGUUGGAGUCGUGCCUGGCCAUGCAGUCAUGGGUGAACAGGGAGUAUAGGAGGGGACUGAGCACGCACCCCUGAGGGGCCCCCGUGUUGAGGAUCAGUGUGGCAGAUGUGUUGUUACCUACCCUUACCACCUGGGGGCGGCCCGUCAGGAAGUCCAGGAUCCAGUUGCAGAGGGAGGUGUUUAGUCCCAGGAUCCUUAGCUUAGUGAUGAGCUUUGAGGGCACUAUGGUGUUGAAUGCUGAGCUGUAGUCAAUGAAUAGCAUUCUCAUGUAGGUGUUCCUCUUGUCCAGGUGGGAAAGGGCAGUGUGGAGUGCAAUAGAGAUUGCAUCAUCUGUGGAUCUGUUGGGGCGGUAUGCAAAUUGGAGUGGGUCUAGGGUUUCUGGGAUAAUGGUGUUGAUGUGAGCCAUGACCAGCCUUUCAAAGCACUUCAUGGCUACAGACGUCAGUGCUACAGGUCGGUAGUCAUUUAGGCAGGUUAUCUUAGUGUCCUUGGGCACGGGGACUAUGGUGGUCUGCUUGAAACAUGUUGGUAUUACAGACUCAGUCAGGGACAUGUUGAAAAUGUCAGUGAAGCACAUGCUCGGAGUACACGUCCUGGUAAUCCGUCUGGCCCUGCAGCCUUGUGAAUGUUGACCUGCUUAAAAGUCUUACUCACAUCGGCUACGGAGAGCGUGAUCACAUAUUCAUCCGGAACAGCUGGUCCUCUCAUGCAUGCUUCAGUGUUGCUUGCCUCAAAACGAGCAUAGACGUGGUUUAGCUCGUCUGGAAGUCUUGUGUCAAUACCUUUUAUUAUUUAAGUGUUCAGACCCUUUGCUAUGAGAAUCGAAAUUGAGCUCAGGUGCAUCCUGUUUCCAUUGAUCAUCCUUUAAAUGUUUCUACAACUUGAUUGGAGUCCAGCUGUGGUACAUUCAAUUGAUUGGACAUGAUUUGGAAAGGCACUCAACUGUCUAUAUAAGGUCCCACAGUUGGCAGUGCAUGUCAGAGCAAAAACCAAGCCAUGAGGUCGAAGGAAUUGUCUGUAGAGCUCCGAGACCGGAUUGUGUCGCGGCACAGAUCUGGGGAAGGGUACUAAAACAUUUCUGCAGCAUUGAAGGUCCCUAAGAACACAGUGGCCUCCAUCAUUCUUAAAUGGAAGAAGUUUUUAACCACCAAGACUCUUCCUAGAGCUGGCCACCCGGACAAACUGAGCAAUCGAGGGAGAAGGGCCUUGGUCAGGGAGAUGACCAAGAACCCGAUGGCCACUCUGACAGAUCUCCAGAGUUUAUCUGUAGAGAUGGCAGAACCUUCCAGAAGGACAACCAUCUCUGCAGCACUCCACCAAUCAGGCAUUUAUGGUAGAGUGGCCAGACGUAAGCCACUCCUCAGUAAAAGGCACAUGACAGCCCGCUUGGAGUUUGCCAAAAGGCACCUAAAGGACUCUCAGACCAUGAGAAACAAGAUUCUCUGUUCUGAUGAAACCAAGAUUGAACUCUUUAGCCUGAAUGCCAAGCGUCACGUCUGGAGGAAACCUGGCACCAUCCCUACGGUGAAGCAUGGGAGUGGCAGCAUCAUGCUGUGGGGAUGUUUUUCAGCGGCAGGGACUGGGAGACUAGUCAGGAUCGAGGGAAAGAUGAACGGAGCAAAUCCUUGAUGAAAACCAGCUCAAGAGCGCUCAGGACCUCAGACUGGGGCAAAGGUUCACCUUCCAACAGGACAAUGACCCUAAGCACACAGCCAAGACCACGCAGGAGUGGCUUCGGGACAGGUUUCUGAAUGUCCUUGAGUGGCCCAGCCAGACCCUGGACUUGAACCCGAUCAAACAUCUCUGGAGAGACCUGAAAAUAGCUGUACAGCGACGCUCCCCAUCCAAUCUGACAGCGCUUGACAGGAUCUGCAGAGAAGAAUGGGAGAAACUCCCCAAAUACAGGUGUGCCAAGCUUGUAGCGUCAUACCCAAGAAGGCUCGAGGCUGUAAUCACUGCCAAAGGUGCUUCAACAGAGGUACUGAGUAAAGGGUCUGAAUACUUAAAUAAAUGUGAUAUUUCAGUUUUCUUUAUUUUUUGUAGCAAACAUUUUAAAAAACCUGUUUUUGCAUUAUGGAGUAUUGUGUGUAGAUUGCUGACGGGUGGAAAAAAACAAUUUAAUUAAUUUUAGAAUAAGGCUGUAACGCAACAAAAUGUGGAAAAAGUCAAGGGGUCUGAAUAUUUUCCGAAUGCACUGUAUAUCAUAUAUUAAGCAUUAAUCAGUUAAAUUAGACAUUUCACUUGAACCCUGUAAGAAUCCUGGAUCUAGCUAUCGUACAGUUUUUUUGUAUAGAGAUCUCAGAAAUGCAGUGUAACUACAUAAUAUUUAGUGUCUCCUUAUGUUACGGGGUGAAAACAGUUUUCAUGGGCACACAUAAUGUAUGCAUUGCUAAAUCAAAUGCUUCUAACUGAAAGUCACCUUUACUUUGAUACUUAAAUCCUAAAUCGAUACUAUCAUUAACGUGGUUCUUUAACAAUUAUGCAUAAUCCUUGUUGGAUGCACAUUUGGUGUCCAGCUGAUUAGUUAUGCGGUGAUCCAGGAAGGAAUUUUCCGAAUGACAUUGAAGUGACCAACAGCUGUUGUGAAAGCCAUGCAAUGCAACAACAGCCCAAGUGCUGGAAAAAAAGGUGUUGUGAGGAAUGUCCAGAAUAUUUUGGUGUCUCAUUCAUUAUGCGGGUGAAGACAGUUGUGCCUGGAUCCACGUUGGAUCUAAUAUCCCUAGCAAAUUGAAGUUGAUCAUCUAUUGUCUGCUUGAUUUACAGCAGGGUCUUUAUUUAACAGAGAAAGCAUCACGGUAAUGAGUUAAUGUUUUUGUGCCUCAGCUUGGACACUGAGUCUACUGUGCACGAUUGUGUAGGAUAGACUGUUACACAACACCCAACGCUAUUCCUAUUAAUUCUUCUGGAUAUAAUGUCUUGAAGUAGCCUACUUGAAUUUGGAGCUCAGAAAUGCAAGUACUGUAAUAAGCCUACCUUGAAAAUCAGACGUUUCCUCAAUUUGGUGCUUAAAAAUAUAUUGUAAUUAUUGUAGCCAAUUUAUAAGUUCUCCUUGUCCCUCAUACUUAUGUGAUUUUAUUUUUGAUCCGUUUUUGUGAGAGAUUUGGCCAUUUUUGUAUUCCCCCCCCCCCGCUGCUUUAAUUGAAGGGUGUUGCGCUACUCUGUUGCGGUAAAACCACGUGCGGUUAUUAUGAGGACAACAACAUCUGUUGGCUUCAACUUGGCUUUCCAUACAAAUCCUUCCAUUAAGAAAGACGGAAGGAACAUGUUUUUUGGUCACUCUCUCAUUAUAAAAACCGCCAUGUUGAGAUUCAAAUGGUGAGAUUAAUGCUACGGCUAUUAGUGGCUUUAUUAUGUGUCCACACAGACCUCUUUAUCAGGCCCUAUAUGUACAAUUGUAUAACAUUGAGGUCCUUGAAAAUGACCAUUUAAGUGCUUGAAAAAGUCCCUGAAAGUCCUUGAAUUUGACUUGCCAAUGUCUGUAAGAACCCUUCUUAAAGGACGUAUAGUCCUAGGGCUAUGUUGUAUAGGUGGAGUUAUGGGCCAAUUUGCAUAUAUUCACUUUAUUCCUCUAAGUGCACAUGGAACUGCAUGAAAAUCCAUUUUAUUUGUUUCAAACCAUUUAGAUUUUUUUAUUCCCAAUGUCACACAUUGGUCCCAUUUUUAUUUAAAUAAAUACAGAGAAGUAUCUAUUAGGGUGUUCCAUCCCGAGAAUAAAUCCCUUUCUCCUGUCUAACCCGGUAUUGCCUGCUAAAACUGGAAGUGGCAUUCAAAAGCAUUAUAAAUCAUAUAAAUAGGUCUGUCCCUGGAUUUGAUCAGAGCUUUGAUCUAAAAUUCAAGCCUGAUGAUACCUGAGCCUGAUGAGCCAUACAUUAAAUACAUUUCAUGAGCGCUACAUUAAAGACAUUUUAAUGAGGCCAAGCCCAAAUGAUUGUGCCGUUAUCCAAUACGUACAGUACCAGUCAAAAGUUUGGACACCUAUUCUUUCCAGGGUUUUUCUUUAGUUUUACUAUUUUCUACAUUGUAGAAUAAUAGUGAAGACAUCAAAACUUUGAAAUAACACAUGGAAUCAUGUAACCAAAAAAGUGUUUAUAUUUCAGAUUCUUUAAAUAGCCACCCUUUGCCUUGUUGACAGCUUUGCACACUCUUGGCAUUCUCUCAACCAGCUUCACCUGGAAUGCUUUUCCAACAGUCUUGAAGGAGUUCCCACAUAUGCUGGCUGUGUAUAUAUCUCUCCUAAUGUUAUUAGCCUAGUAGGCUCUCUCUCUCUCUAUUGUUGCUUCAUUCUUUUCUCGCUUUCAACAGUUUACAUUUACAUUUUACAUUUUAGUCAUUUAACAGACGCUCUUAUCCAGAGCGACUUACAGGAGCAAUUAGGGUUAAGUGCCUUGCUCAAGGGCACAUCGACAGAUUUUUCACCUAGUUGGCUCGGGGAUUAGAACCAGCAACCUUUCGGUUACUGGCACAAUGCUCUUAACCACUAAGCUACCUGCCGCCCAGUUAAAUGAAAUACGUUUUGUUGUCCUUAUCUUAUUCAUUCUGACAUCCUUGAAUAUUAUAGGACUAGAAUUAGAUACAGAAGGCUUUCACUUCUCUUGGCGAAGAUAAUUUAAUAGUUGUGGGUCUGAAUAAAUAACUGCUAUAGCCUACCGCCAUCGCGCGUUCGCUCUUCUUUCAAACUACCCGUGAGUUCUAUUGGCUGCUGUUUUUAACAUUCAACAAACAAGAUCUUCGAAUAGUCUAUUGGUAUAAUAAAUGCUAACAUAAUAAUGUCCAGCAAGCUAUUCUAGUCUAGCUUUUCCUACAUGGGGCUCCAAGAGCUAAGGAGUGUUUUUUAAGGAGAGGCCAGUGGCGCACAGGUGCUUGCGUAUUGCACAAGAGACAGAGGCUAUAAGUUAGAAGCUUAUUAUGCAUAACCAAUCAUUAAUUAGCUAAAUAUAAGGCUAAUACUGUAUUGCAUUUAUUACCUGAAAGAGGUAGGCUAGGACAUAUAGAUAUAUCAAUAUAAAACAUGAUUAUCUAUUUUGGAUGCAAUUUGAUUGGAAUUGAUGGAGAGAGAGACUACGAGAAUGCUCUCGCAUGCACUGAUUUUUAAAGCAACGAUAUUCGAGUGACAGGAUGUUUUUAAAACUCUGCAGCUGCAAUAAAAAAUAAAACAAAUCUUUACAAUUUAAAAAAUAAGGUGACCCCGAAAGCCAGAUGGAGAUGGGUAAAUUAGACGCGUAUUCUGUAUUUAUAUUAUAGGCUAUGCUGCAGCAAAUGUCAAAAGUUUUGAGAAUGACACAAAUACUAAUUUUCACAAAGUCUGCUGCCUCAGUUUUGAUGAUGGCAAUUUGCAUAUACUCCAGAAUGUCAUGAAGAGUGAUCAGAUGAAUUGGAAUUAAUUGCAAAGGCCAUGAAAAUGAACUUAAUCCCCAAAAAACAUUUCCACUGCAUUUCAGCCCUGCCACAAAAGGACCAGCUGCCAUAAUGUCAGUGAUUCUCUCGUUAACACAGGUGAGAGUGUUGACGAGGACAAGGCUGGAGAUCACUCUGUCAGGCUGAUUGAGUUAGAAUAACAGACUGGAAGCUUUAAAAGGAGGGUGGUGCUUGAAAUCAUUGUUCUUCCUCUGUUAACCAUGGUUACCUUCAAGGAAACACGUGCCGUCAUCAUUGCUUUGCACAAAAAGGGCUUCACAGGCAAGGAUAUUGCUGCUAGUAAGAUUGCACCUAAAUCAACUAUUUAUCGGAUCAUCAAGAACUUCAAGGAGAGAGGUUCAAUUGUUGUGAAGAAGGCUUCAGGGCGCCCAAGAAAGUCCAGCAAGUGCCAGGACCGUCUCCUAAAGUUGAUUCAGCUGCGGGAUCGGGGCACCACCAGUGCAGAGCUUGCUCAGGAAUGGCAGCAGGCAGGUGUGAGUGCAUCUGUACGCACAGUGAGGCAAAGAUUUUUAGAGGAUGGCCUGGUGUCAAGAAGGGCAGCGAGGAAGCCACUUCUCUCCAGGAAAAACAUCAGGGACAGACUGAUAUUCUGCAAAAGGUACAGGGAUUGGACUGCUGAAAGUCAUUUUCUCUGAUGAAUCCCCAUUCCGAUUGUUUGGGGCAUCCGGAAAAAAGCUUGUCCGGAGAAGACAAGGUGAGCGCUACCAUCAGUCCUGUGUCAUGCCAACAGUAAAGCAUCCUGAGACCAUUCAUGUGUGGGGUUGCUUCUCAGCCAAGGGAGUGGGCUCACUCACAAUUUUGCCUAAGAACACAGCCAUGAAUAAAGAAUGGUACCAACACAUCCUCCGAGAGCAACUUCUCCAAACUCUCCAUGAACAGUUUGGUGACGAACAAUGCCUUUUCCAGCAUGAUGGAGCACCUUGCCAUAAGGCAAAAGUGAUAACUAAGUUGCUCGGGGAACAAAACAUCGACAUUUUGGGUCCAUGGCCAGGAAACUCCCCAGACCUUAAUCCCAUUGAGAACUUGUGGUCGAUCCUCAAGAGGCGGGUGGACAAACACAAAACCCCACAAAUUCUGACAAACUCCAAGCAUUGAUUAUGCAAGAAUGGGCUGCCACCAGUCAGGAUGUGGCCCAGAAGUUAAUUGACAGCAUGCCAGGGCGGAUUGCAGAGGUCUUGAAAAAGAAGGGUCAACACUGCAAAUAUUGACUCUUUGCAUAAACUAAAUGUAAUUGUCAAUAAAAGCCUUUGACACUUAUGGAAUGCUUGUAAUUAUUCUUCAGUAUACCAUAGUAACAUCUGACAAAAAUAUCUCAUAACACUGAAGCAGCGAACUUUGUGAAGACCAAUACUUGUCAUUCUCAAAACUUUUGACCACGACUGCAGGCCUAACUGUCACAAGAAAAACAUUUACCAUGAUGAGAUGAUACGUAGGUCUACAUGCAUUGUGAACUGUGCUCCAAUCAGAGUUGUGCUGUCUGUCCCCACCCUGAGCGUUGAUUCAUCAUGCAGAGGCUGUAGAGAAGACCGAUUUUAGACAUUGCAUAUAAUUUAACAGAUCCAUUUCACACCAUGCUGUUCAUAUAACUAAUUUAUUAUAAUUUACCGCUUUCUCGUUUUAUUUAUCCCGGGAAAAGGGAAUAGUUUUGGGCGUUUAAAUCCCGGUACCCGGGUUCCCGCCAUUCAACUGUAGUAUCUAUAGAAUGGACAGUGUGCAUGAAGCCAGUAUUACUAUGACCCUUUAUAGAAGAGAGUUAACACUCACACUACCAAGAAUGUCUUGUUUAAUUUUGGGAUUUGGGAGUUGCUGCCCCCAAAAACAUUGUAGAAAAAGAACUCCCGCUAUAUCCUGCUGUAUUCUCUGUCCUCCAGGAUUCCUGCUCUUCCUCAGAGGAUUCAUCAACUACGUCAAGAUACGCAAAAUGGCUGACUCAUUUUCUACUCUCCCGCGAACCAGAGUCCUUUUCAUUUACUAAAAGUGGAAAGCCGACCUCUAUAGAGAAGUUUGCUCUGGCUUCUAAACUCCAUCACGGGAGGCUGAGAAUUGUUUUGCUGCAGUUGAAUCGGACGAUACUCUGUCUCUUGAUGUAAACUGGUGGAUGCUGACAAUUCUGUAACUAUUCAAUCAUUAGUGGUUUAUGUCAAGUGCUAUUUGCAAUCAAGUCUGUGAUGUAUAAAUAAUGCCUUACAUAUUAUUAUUAUUAUCUGUUUAUAGCAAUGGUAUGUGCUGUGCCCCUUUUAGCCAAUAGGGGGCAGUCUUUGUCUUUUUCUGUCCUCUUUCAAUGUGUUUGAUAUGGUGACAGCUCAGCUGUAUGCUGACCCUUUGAGUCAAAUUUAUCCAACGAAGUGCUUUUUUUCCUCGAUGUAUAUGAUAAUGAAAUUAAAGUCUGUCUUAAGAUGUUACCUUACAUGUGGAGAACUGAAUGAGUUUGUAUUCAAGUGUCAUUUUCACUCUGGAAAUCCUAGUCAGUACAGUGAUAGAGGUAGGCAUUGAAACCUUGUUGCUAGGGUUUGUCAGUUUUAAGGAGUGUCUCAGGCAAUUGAUUUAACCUUUUAUUUAGGAGGCCCUUUGAGACUAAGGUCUCUUUUUCAAGGGAGGCCUGCGUGACAAGACCUACAAUUGGUUAAACUGUUCAGAUUUAUGUACCAGUCAUAUUUUACACUCAUUAAUCCUUAACUAUUUGCAUUGACGGUUUUGGUUGGCACAGGUUUUUGUACACAACCCUUGUAACUGUCACUGCGUGUAAGAGGGAGGGAGGGAGGGAGGGAGGGAGGGAGGUUGAGAUGGACGUUAGGGUAGUAGAGUACACGUCUCCAUGUUUGGGGUUAGUCAGUGAAUCUGGUGUAAUACACCAGAAGAUAUAGGUGCUGGAUGGUUCCUUAAUGAAUCGGAUGAUCGAUUGAGUUAACUGGCGUUUCACUCUCACAUCUAUAAAGACAGUGGGAAGGAAAAGCUGAUGUGUUUAUGCCCUGAUUUCUUAAUUUGGUCAUAGAAUGAAAGAGCUUUCACCCAAAAACAUUAUGUACAUAACGAUGAUUGAUGGUUUCAAGUGCACAGCUUUGACAUCUCCCCGAUGUUGCAAUGUUUACCUAAAUUGCUUAAGUCUGAAGAUUGCAUUAGCUAAUCUUUGAGAACAGCUAACCUACCAUGGCUGAACUGUUGUACACAUCUACAAUUUGUUCAACACUGUUAUUUAUAAACAUUUGAGGGACUGAAAUAAUGCAUCACCAAAUUGAAUUCCCUCUGAAAUCCCACUCUUUAAAUAAUGUGAGCCUGCAUGUACACUUUUCAGAGCAUUUGUGUUUUCUAUAUUUCAGUGAUAAAU